UGGUGUUAGUCUGGGAAGUUGCCUGGAGAAGCUUCUCUUUUUUGUGACCACACACAUCUUGUAUUGCAUACCAGAUGUAUCGACAGUGACUUUCAUCAUUUGACUCUUGCAGCAUGCCUGAGGUAUUCUGUUGUAUUCAAAGAAAGCAAAUUCUUUUUCACCUUAUAAAGCAGUAAUUGGUGUUUAGUUGUGGUAAGUAAUGUCCUGGGAAUGCCUGCUCUGUUCCCCUCCAGGACAGUGGAGCAACCAAGGCCAUCUUUGAGGACUCCUAGUGGUUUCACUCUUGGUUCAGUCAAUGCUUACGUGGGGGCUGAGGAGUUUAGUGAGGUCUGGGUAAGUGCUAGAGAGGUACUUGGUUUUGGUGAUGACCCUAUAACAGUGGCCAAGUACUUCCACAGGGUGACAUCACUUUUUGAAGUGUGUCUCUGGGUACUCAGAAACUCAGAAAAUUGGGUCAUUCACACACUUGCUAUAACUUGAAAGCUGGCAAAGUUUUUGCUCUGGGGCUUUCCUUCAAAAGUUCCUUUGUGUGCUGUGCUGAAAUGGACAGAGUUUUGGGAAACAGAACUGAGGCCGAAACCUUUAGCCUAAAGCUAAAGUUUAUAUUUAGGCUUUAUAAAUAAGUUUUCUCUUUUGAUAUUUGGCCUGAUACAAUUACGCAACAAUGCCAAAAAAUAAAUGGAUUUCCAUCUUUAUUAAACAAAAGUGUUUCAAGUGAUUCCAGAUACCCUAUGCCCUUUAUUGAAAGUUAGUAACUGUAGGGAGGAACACAGCUCUCUGAAAUACAUCUAGGUCUGAAUUCUGUAAAAAUCUUUGGCAUUUGUUACUCCAUUUAAUUUACACAUAUCUGACAGUAAACCAUGGCAGCCACAGUAAUCUGUGCACAUUGCUGUGAAUUGUUCUUUUUUGGGUACUGUCUUGCAUAGUCUGUGUCCUUUACAAAUAUACUUAGUUGCAUACUUUUUUUCCCUGACCAGAGAAAGUAGCAUCACAAAAUACAUUGAAGAAGUCCUUGUUUUCUUAAUCUAGAAACUAAACUAGAUUAGUUUUUACGACAGUUAAAAGAAAUGUCUACCUUUUAAAUAAUCUAAUUGAGUCCACUGCAAAUCGGGGACUAAAACUGAGAUUAGUGGGCAGAAAGAAUGAGGUGUGAGAUGAGAAGGGGAAAACAGUCUUGGACUGCUCAAGUCAACCUCUGUAAUGUGGAGUGAAACACAUCUUGCCCAGAUGUUCUACCCCAGUGGUUUGGGAGCUGUACAGAAGCCAGUUAUGGCUGCUCUCACACAGGACAAGCCCCUGCAAAGCACAGUUCAUGUGCCACACGCUGAGUGGUGGCCUGAAGGGCUCUGAUCUUGCUCCAACCUAUCCUGAGAUGAUCUGAGUCCAUGUGACGAAACUUCUGUUUUCAGUUCUUUGAGAGGGAGGGGAAAAAGUCAUGAUUGGUUUCUAGUUAUUCAUUAAUGUCACCUUAAAAUAAAUCUGUGGAGUAAAAUCCUUAAAGAUGAGGAAAUAUAGCUAAAGAUGCUUAUGCAUUUUUAGAGUGUUGCUUUUGCAUAUGCGUUAUGACAGUGUCCCUGGUUGCGUUUUUGCUUACUUGUUUCACAUAUACCCCAGCCCUUCAGUGACAUGAUGGGCUUUCUCCUUGUGAUGAAGCCAGGUAAUAUCAUGAGGGAGACUUUUGUCUGUAGAAGCUUCACUUGCUGCAGGAACUGGGGAGUGCCAUCCUUACAGCAGGAAAUGAAUUACCUUGGUUGGGUGCAGCAAGAUUGGAUUUCUUCUCAUGCAUUCAAGAAAACAGUAUUCUUCGUUUGAUGAUUAUUACAUGUUCCUCAUUUAAUGGAUGUUUAACUUGAAAUAGUCAAACCUCAUUUGUUGUGUGGCUGAUCACUCAGGGAAUCUUUUGUUUUCUGGAUAUGAAAGUCCAGUGCGUACUGCUACCUAUACUGGCAAAAUGGCUCUCAGUAUCUCAAGCUGAGCCUCCAACAGUAUUUGCAGACACUUUGCUUUUGGUGUCUAUCCAUCAAUGGUUUUCUGCAAUAUGGAUAUAAUGUCACCCCUUCUCACUCAGCUUGCCAGUGGCACAGAAAAGAAUCAGAAAAUUCAUGAACUGUUCAGCUAUCUCAGCAGUGAGAGGCAUAGUGAUGUCUCUCAGGUAGUUAGUACCUCUCUGUUCUGUGGAGGACUUAAUGGUAUUCCUUCCUUAAUAAAUGCCAUUUGACCAUGAGAAUAAAGCAGAGUAUUGAACUAAUUGCUUAUUUAGGAAGCAUGAUUUAUCUUCCACACUGAAGGAGCCCUGUAGGGGAGCAAGGUAUAUCUUGGUCUAGUGAAAGACUGUUACAAUCCAUAUGCUUAAGGGCUGAAAGAAUUCAGAGGCAUCUCCCCUUUCUGCUGCCUGUUACAGUCUUGGUGCACUUUUAACACGAUGAGGAGCUCCCAGGCAGCUGUAGUUUCAUGAGGCUGUGUCUGCAGUGCAGCAGAGUGAGCAGCCCUCUGCCCCAGCCAAGGCACUCAGUCUCAGCAGAGUUGAUUAAUCUGAGUGGAGCAGGAAGAGGUGUGUGUGUAGGUGUCUCUACAGGAGACUGUCUUGUGCUCUACAGGCAAUAUAAGCCAAAGCAACUGGGGGGGGAGUAAUCACUUUUUUCCCAAUACUGAACAAGGAUUCCUAUUAGAAAAUAAACCCACUGUUACAUGUAAUACAACAAAAAUUUGUUUCAGUGGAGAUUUACACCUCCUACUGCUCAUUGAAAUCCUCUUAUCUGCUUGAUCACAUUUCCUAAGACAAAUAGGCAACAGACACUUCUCUCUUUUCAUAUCUUCAGUUCAUUGCAUGAAGUAAAUUUAUGGCUCACAGUAAAUCACAUAAGGUCUCUCUGCCUUAGCUUAUAUCUCUGCUUUGGCUUAUCUGUCUCACAUGAACCUCCUGUGAUCCAAUGACUCAUUUAUUAUAAAUGAAUCUUGAGAUGCUUGGAGACAUGGAAGAAAUGCAGAGUGGUAAUAGAUAUUUUUUAAUUUGCUAGCACUAAGUUUGCCUAAUACAGAUGCAGAAAUUCACUUCCAUGUGUUCUCCCUGGCAUUCUUUACAAUUUUUUCAGUCACAACAGAAGGAACAGAGAGAUUUCUCUGUUUGUUGAGUUCAAUACUUAAAUUAAAAAAAAAAAAAAAGAGAGAAAUGGAAGAAACAGACACGACUCUGUCAAGGUCUGCAAAAAACCUAAAUGAAAGUUUUUGUGUUUGUCUUUUUGUCGUUCCUGUAGUUGCUUCCAAAAUCCGUUACCUUCAAGAGUACCACAACCGGGUUCUCCACAAUAUAUACCCUGUGCCCUCUGGAACUGACAUUGCAAAUACUCUGAAAUACUUUUCUCAGACGUUAUUGAGCAUUUUGUCCCGCACAGGGAAGAAGGAGAAUCAAGAUGCCUCCAAUUUGACAGUGCCCAUGACCAUGUGUCUUUUUCCUGUGCCAUUCCCACUCACCCCAUCUCUAAGACCACAGGUCAGUUCCAUCAACCCUACUGUUACUCGCUCCCUCCUUUACAGCGUCCUGCGAGAUGCUCCAUCUGAACGUGGCCAGCAAAGUCGUGAUGCUCAGUUAUCAGACUACCCCUCUUUGGACUAUCAAGGACUUUACGUGACACUGGUGACACUACUGGAUCUAGUUCCCUUGCUACAGCAUGGGCAACAUGAUCUUGGGCAAUCAAUUUUUUAUACAACUACAUGCUUACUUCCUUUUCUCAGUGAUGAUAUUUUGAGUACUUUACCCUAUACAAUGAUUUCAACAUUAGCUACCUUUCCUCCAUUUCUGCACAAGGAUAUUAUAGAGUAUCUCAGCACAUCUUUUCUGCCUAUGGCUAUAUUGGGAUCUUCAAAACGAGAAGGUGUUCCAGCACACGUCAAUCUGUCUGCAUCAUCAAUGCUGAUGAUUGCAAUGCAGUACACAUCAAACCCAGUGUAUCACUGCCAAUUAUUGGAAUGCCUCAUGAAAUAUAAGCAAGAAGUAUGGAAAGAUUUGCUAUAUGUGAUAGCCUAUGGACCAUCUCAAGUUAAACCUCCAGCAGUACAAAUGUUAUUUCACUAUUGGCCAAAUUUGAAGCCCCCUGGGGCUAUCAGUGAGUACAGAGGACUGCAGUACACAGCCUGGAAUCCUAUUCAUUGCCAGCACAUUGAAUGCCACAACGCCAUUAACAAACCAGCUGUGAAGAUGUGCAUUGACCCAUCCCUGUCUGUGGCUUUGGGUGAUAAGCCACCUCCCUUAUAUCUUUGUGAAGAAUGCAGCCAAAGAAUUGCAGGGGAUCACAGUGAAUGGUUGAUUGAUGUUCUUCUGCCACAAGCUGAAAUUUCUGCUAUAUGUCAGAAGAAGAACUGCAGCUCCCACGUCAGGAGAGCCGUGGUCACGUGCUUCUCGGCGGGCUGCUGCGGCCGCCACGGCAACCGGCCCGUGCGCUACUGCAAGAGGUGCCACUCCAACCACCACAGCAGCGAGGUGGGCGCCGCCGCCGAGACGCACCUGUACCAGACCUCGCCGCCGCCCAUCAACACGCGCGAGUGCGGCGCCGAGGAGCUCGUGUGCACCGUGGAGGCCGUCAUCAGCUUGCUAAAAGAAGCAGAGUUUCAUGCAGAGCAGAGGGAGCAUGAACUCAACAGAAGGAGGCAGAUGGGCCUCUCCUCUUCCCAUCACUCCCUGGACAACACAGACUUUGAUAAUAAAGAUGAUGACAAGCAUGACCAACGCCUCCUGAGCCAGUUUGGAAUAUGGUUCUUGGUGAGCCUUUGCACUCCCAGUGAGAAUACCCCCACAGAGAGUUUAGCAAGGCUGGUUAGCAUGGUGUUCCAGUGGUUUCACUCCACAGCUUACAUGAUGGACGAUGAAGUUGGUAGCCUGGUUGAAAAGCUGAAGCCCCAGUUUGUUACUAAGUGGUUGAAGACAGUCUGUGAUGUCAGGUUUGAUGUCAUGGUUAUGUGCCUCCUUCCUAAGCCAAUGGAGUUUGCCAGGGUUGGUGGAUACUGGGACAAAUCGUGUAGUGCUGUAACCCAGUUAAAGGAAGGGCUGAAUCGAAUCCUUUGCUUGAUUCCGUACAAUGUGAUAAACCAGUCGGUGUGGGAGUGUAUCAUGCCAGAGUGGUUGGAAGCCAUAAGGACAGAAGUGCCUGAUAACCAACUGAAGGAGUUUCGGGAAGUGCUGAGCAAAAUGUUUGACACUGAGCUUUGUCCUCUCCCCUUCUCCUUGGAGGAGAUGUUUGGCUUUAUUAGCUGUCGAUUCACAGGGUAUCCAUCUUCUGUGCAAGAGCAGGCGCUGCUUUGGCUGCAUGUGUUGUCUGAACUAGACAUUGUAGUUCCUCUUCAGUUACUAAUCAGCAUGUUUUCUGAUGGAGUUAAUUCUGUAAAAGAAUUAGCAAAUCAAAGAAAAUCAAGAGUCAGUGAACUGGCAGGAAAUCUUGCAGCUCGAAGGGUAAGCGUUGCUUCUGACCCUGGGCGCAGAGUUCAGCACAACAUGCUGAGUCCUUUCCCAAGCCCCUUCCAGAGCCCAUUUCGGAGUCCAAUACGUAGUCCUUUUCACAGCCCUUUCAAGAAUUUUGGACAUCCUAGUGAAAAAAACAUUGAUUUUGAGUGUGAAGAUGAGGAAAUGAAUCUUAAUUGCUUCAUUCUGAUGUUUGAUCUAAUCCUGAAGCAGAUGGAGCUCCAGGAUGAUGGUGUCACUUUGGGCUUAGAGAACAGCAUCUCAAAAGAUAUAAUAUCCAUCAUAAACAAUGUGUUUCAGGCACCCUGGGGUGGUUCUCACACCUGUCAGAAAGAUGAAAAAGCAGUUGAGUGUGGUCUGUGCCAGUCCAGCAUUCUGUGUUACCAGCUGGGUUUUGAGCUGCUGGAACAGCUUGCUCCAAAGGAAGAAAUCAGGCUUGUGGAGCCCACAGAUAACCUCGAGGAUAGUCUUCUGUAUACUAGACCUGAGUUUAUUAUAGGAACUGAAGGAGAAGAGGAAGACAAAUCAGCACCAAAGCACGGAGAAAACCCAGGACAUCACACAGAGACCACAGAAAAUACUGCGAUAAAGAAUGACACAGAAAGAAAGUUUUGUUAUCAGCAACUUCCAGUUACCUUGAAGCUCAUAUACACUAUAUUGCAGGAAAUGUCAAGGUUUGAAGAACCAGACAUUCUUUUUAACAUGCUGAAUUGUCUGAAGAUCCUGUGUCUUCAUGGGGAAUGCCUGUAUAUAGCAAGAAAAGACCAUCCACAAUUUCUUGCCUAUAUUCAAGAUCACAUGUUGAUUGCAAGCUUAUGGGGAGUUGUGAAAUCUGAGUUCUCUCAGCUUUCUUCCCUGGCAGUCCCACUUCUUCUUCAUGCUCUUUCACUUCCUCAUGGAGCUGACAUUUUCUGGACAAUCAUAAACAGCAAUUUCAACAGUAAAGACUGGAAGAUGAGAUUUGAAGCAGUGGAGAAAGUGGCUGUAUUGUGCAGAUUUUUGGAUAUUCACUCUGUGACAAAAAACCACCUACUGAAGUACUCUUUGGCUCAUGCAUUCUGCUGUUUCCUGACUGCUGUGGAAGAUGUCAACCCAGCUGUGGCUACAAGAGCUGGACUAUUACUUGACACCAUAAAGAGGCCAGCUUUACAGGGUCUCUGCCUCUGCCUUGAUUUCCAGUUUGACACAGUUGUCAAGGACAGGCCCACAAUUCUUAGUAAGCUUUUGCUACUUCAUUUUCUAAAAGCAGAUAUCCCAGCUUUGAGCUGGGAGUUCUUUGUGAAUCGCUUUGAGACCCUGUCUUUGGAGGCACAGCUUCAUCUGGACUGCAACAAAGAAUUUCCUUUCCCAACAACUAUCACUGCUGUGCGGACAAACGUGGCCAACCUCAGUGAUGCGGCAAUGUGGAAGAUCAAGAGGGCUCGUUUCGCGCGCAACCGCCAGAAGAGCGUGCGCUCCCUGAGGGACAGCGUCAAGGGACCCGCCGAGUCCAAGAGAGCGCUCUCCCUUCCAGAAACCCUAACCACCAAAAUUCCUGUGAGCUUGACCAGACAUGAGCAGUCUGCACCAGCACUUGGAGGAACACCAGAGCAAACACCAGGACAACCUUCCCCAGAGAAUGAUAAUACAAUAAAAGACCUGCUGCCAGAGGAUGCUGGCAUUGACCACCAGACUGUCCACCAGCUCAUUACAGUGCUCAUGAAGUUCAUGGCAAAGGAUGAGAGCAGCGCGGAGUCGGACAUCAGCAGCGCCAAGGCUUUCAACACAGUCAAGCGCCACCUGUACGUCCUGCUUGGCUACGAUCAGCAGGAAGGAUGCUUCAUGAUUGCACCCCAAAAAAUGCGCGUUUCCACCUGCUUCAAUGCCUUUAUUGCUGGGAUAGCACAAGUGAUGGACUAUAACAUCAACCUGGGAAAACACCUUCUUCCCUUGGUGGUGCAGGUGUUGAAAUAUUGCAGUUGUCCUCAGCUGAGGCAUUACUUUCAGCAGCCUCCUCGCUGCUCCCUCUGGUCCCUCAAACCUCACAUUCGGCAGAUGUGGUUAAAGGCUUUGCUUGUUAUUCUCUAUAAGUACCCCUACAGAGACUGUGAAAUCAGCAAGAUUGUACUUCACCUAAUCCACAUCACAGUCAAUACUCUCAACGCUCAGUAUCACAGCUGCAAGCCCCAUGCAACUGCUGGUCCUUUGUAUAGUGACAACAGUAACAUAAGCCGAUACAGUGAAAAGGAGAAAGCAGAGGAAGACAGUGUUUUUGAUGAAUCUGAUAUUCAUGAUACACCAACUGGACCUUGCAAUAAGGAGUCUCAAACUUUCUUUGCGAGACUGAAAAGAAUUGGUGGCAGCAAAAUGGUGAAAUAUCAACCAGUUGAGAUGAAUGCUCAGAGAAGUGAAAUAGAGCUGGCUGAAUAUAGAGAGACGGGGGCCUUACAAGACAGCAUUCUACGCUGUGUGAGAGAAGAAAGCAUUCAGAAAAAAAGGCUGCGCUCUCUGAAACAAAAAUCUCUUGAUAUAGGGAACGCAGACUCCCUGCUGUUCUCGUUAGACGAACACCGCAGGAAGUCGUGCAUUGACCGCUGUGACCUGGAAAAGCCUCCUGUCCCCGCUGCCCACGCCACGCACAGGCACAGCGACCACGGCCGGUCCCGGCAGAACUCUUCUACUAAACCUGAAAAUACAGACACUCAGGAGGGCCUUCCUCAUACAGAGAGUUUCCAGGAAGCAAAAAGACCUGUAAUACCAGAGGUUAGGCUAAACUGCAUGGAAACCUAUGAAGUGAAAGUGGAUUCCCCAGUUAAAACUGCCAGUCCCAAGGAAGAUUUGGAUCUGAUAGAUUUGUCCUCCGAUUCAACAUCGGGUCCUGAAAAACAUUCAGUGCUCUCCACUUCAGACAGUGACUCUUUAGUCUUUGAACCACUUCCUCCCCUUAGAAUAGUAGAGAGUGAUGAAGAGGAAGAAACAACAAACCCUCUGAAUGAUGAGGUCUCUGGCAAAACUGCUGUUUCAUCUCCUUCAACUCCUAUCAAUGUGUCUGCCCUCAGCCUCAGCACAACUCCGCUGGUACAGUUCAGCAUUGAAGAUUGCUCCAAGGACUUUACUUCUAAGGAUACAAGCAACAGUGCUCCAGCAGGAAUAGAGGAGGUCAUUUCCACUUCUCCCAAAGAUCAGAAGGACUCUUCAGAGUUAGUUAAGCCAGAAGAAUUUCAUGACAUGUCCUCUGGAAACUCACUGACACUGAAACAGAAAAGGGACCUGCUGCAGAAAUCAUCUGCCCUUCCAGAAAUGUCCCUUGAUGAUAACUCUGAACUCAGUGUGGAGGAAAUUAAACCUAGUGGAACAAUUCCAAGCCCAAAUGUAAAGACAGUCCUUAUUAAAGUCCCUGAAGAUUCUGAAAAGCAAACAGAAAGUGAUAAACUUGAUACCAAUACAGAGUCUGACACAGAACAAAACACAGAGCAGAAACAAGAAGGGGAGACUGAGGAGUCAGAAUUUAAGAUUCAGAUUGUUCCUCGCCAGAGGAAGCAGAGGAAGAUUGCUGUGAGUGCUAUUCAGAGAGAAUACCUGGACAUUUCUUUUAACAUCCUUGACAAGCUGGGAGAGCAGAAGGAGGCAGAUCCUGCUGCCAAAGGACUUUCAACGCUGGAAAUGCCAAGAGAGUCAUCAUCUGCACCAACCCUUGAAGCAGGUGUUCCAGAGACAAGUAGUCACUCUUCCAUAUCAACUCAGUUCAGACAAAUGAAAAGAGGCUCUUUGGGAGCUCUGACAAUGAACCAGCUAAUGAAGAGGCAGCUGGAACACCAGUCUAGUGCUCCCCACAAUAUCAGCACUUGGGAUACUGAGCAGAUACAGCAUGGAAAGAGGCUGUGCAAUGUCCCUGUUUGCCUAAACCCAGAUUUGGAGGGACCACCACUGAGAAUCAGAGGUGCUACAAAAUCCAGUUUGCUGUCAGCACCCAGUAUAGUCAGUAUGUUUGUACCUGCACCAGAAGAAUUUGCUGAUGACCAGCCCAUUCUGAUGACUGACAAGUGCCAUGACUGUGGGGCUGUUCUGGAAGAAUAUGAUGAAGAAACACUAGGCCUGGCCAUAGUUGUGCUCUCAACCUUCAUCCACCUCAGUCCAGACUUGGCUGCUCCUCUGCUGUUGGACAUCAUGCAGUCUGUAGGAAGGUUGGCAUCAAGCACCAGCUUUUCUAAUCAAGCAGAAAGCAUGAUGAUCCCUGGAAAUGCUGCAGGUGUGGCCAAGCAGUUCCUCCGUUGUGUGUUCCAUCAGCUGGCUCCCAAUGGCAUCUUUCCUCAGCUAUUCCAGAGCAUUAUUAAAGAUGGAAGCUUUUUACGGACCUUAGCCACGUCUCUGAUGGACUUCAGUGAGCUGAGUUCCAUCGCUGCUCUGAGCCAGCUGUUAGAGGGUUUAAACAACAAAAAGAAUUUGCCAGCAGGGGGUGCGAUGCUACGCUGUUUGGAAAACAUCGCUACCUUUAUGGAAGCCUUGCCGAUGGAUUCCCCCAGCAACCUCUGGACCACAAUUAGUAACCAGUUCCAGACUUUUCUUACUAAACUCCCGUGUGUUUUGCCUCUUAAGUGUUCUUUGGACUCUAGUUUGAGAAUCAUGAUUUGCUUGUUGAAGAUACCUACCACUAGUGCCACCAGGAGUCUUCUGGAACCUUUUUCAAAAUUACUAAGUUUUGUAAUUCAGAAUGCUGUCUUCACUCUGGCCUACCUGGUGGAACUAUGUGGUUUGUGCUACCGAGCCUUCACAAAGGAAAGGGACAAAUUCUACUUGACACGCUGUGUUAUAUUGGAGUUACUACAAGCACUAAAGUUAAAGUCACCCUUACCAGACAUGAAUCUGCUGCUGUUGGUGCAGUUUGUUUGUGCAGAUGCUGGAACAAAACUAGCUGAAUCAACAAUCCUACAUAAACAGAUGAUUGCCUCAAUGCCUGGAUGUGGAACAGCAGCAAUGGAAUGCAUGAGGCAGUAUGUUGGGGAAGUGCUGGAUUUCAUUGCAGAUAUGCAUACCUUAACCAAACUGAAGAGUCACAUGAAGACUUGUUCUCAGCCACUGCAUGAAGACACAUUUGGUGGACAUCUGAAAGUUGGUUUAGCUCAGAUUGCUGCUAUGGAAAUCACACGGGGAAACCACAGGGACAACAAAGCUGUGAUCCGGUAUUUGCCUUGGCUUUACCAUCCUCCUUCGGCAAUGCAGCAAGGGCCCAAGGAGUUCAUAGAGUGUGUCUCACACAUUCGUUUGCUGUCCUGGCUGCUUCUGGGGUCUCUGACACACAAUGUUGUCUGUCCAAAUUCUCCAUCAUCUUGCAUGCCUAUUCCACUGGAUGCAGGUUCACAAAUUGCUGACCACCUUAUUGUUAUUCUGAUUGGGUUUCCAGAACAAUCAAAGACAUCUGUUCUGCACAUGUGUUCCCUGUUCCAUGCAUUUAUAUUUGCUCAGCUCUGGACAGUGUAUUGUGAGCAAACAGCAGUAGCUCCGACAGUCCAGAAUCAGAAUGAAUUUAGCUUCACAGCAAUCCUCACAGCCCUGGAGUUCUGGAGCCGAGUGACACCGAGCAUCCUGCAGCUAAUGGCACAUAACAAAGUGAUGGUGGAAAUGGUGUGCCUGCAUGUCAUCAGUUUAAUGGAGGCUUUACAAGAAUGCAACUCUACUAUCUUUGUAAAGAUACUUGCUUUGGGACAAGAUGAACUGGAUGUGAAGUGCUUCAUUCUCUCAGCUGACUGUAAAAGUUGUCCAGUGAAUUGGUUCAGAUACAGAGGGGCAUCCUAAGUUUUCCAGCUGGCCUCCCUUCUUGCUUGAUGUACUUCUGACACCAGCCCUGCCACCACUGGCUAACUCCACAGGAACUCCAUCAGUGCCAGAUGAAAUUGUUGGUGAUGUUUUGUUGAUGGCAGUGUGGUGUGGAGCAUGGCCUCUCAGAUCUGUUCCCUCCUCACCAAAAACACACAUUGGGAUUGUGGUCACUGCAUCUUAUUAAACACUUCUGUAGUGUGGGAGCCCACGGAAGGAUGUACAGAGCUCACACCUCUGCUGCAUCUGGCUGCGUUCCAGCUGUUUUGGCAUUCAUCUGUCUGUAAAUGCUGAGGUUUGACUAUGGUUCUUCGUGUGGUAGACUAAGUAAUGAGUCCUGACAGAGCUGCAUAUAAUUCUCCAGCAAAAGAGCACUGAAAUUGAAACAAUUAUCAUUCCUUUCACAAGGGCAACAGCACUUUAUCUACUGUUGUCAAUAGUGAUUAGGUUUAACUUGCAGCUCCUGGUAGCAUAAUUGGCAAAUUGCAAAUUUUAAUGCCAUUUGGAGGAACAUUUUAGAACAGUAACCUCAGUGGUUAAAUUAAUAUUGAAAAACAUGAAUACUUUUGCUAGAAAUUCCUCUCUGGCUUUCAUAAGGUUGUCAUGUUAAACUUCCUCAGAAGUAAAAGUUCCCUGAAGAGCAGUAGUCUGAAAUACAUAUCCCUCCAGUCCAAUCACAGCUGACAAGUUUGCAGACCUCCUCCACCUUGUCCUUCUGGAUAGCUGUUACCUGUGCUCCCCUGCCUACAGAAGAUCUCACAGUCUGCAGUGAAGCGUUGAUGUGGCUAGUGGCUUAAAAAAUGUUGGUUAUCAUUUAAAUAUGUGACCUGUUAUUAAGAACUACUGCUGCAUGGUUUUUUUCAUUUCUUGAUGAAUUUUACAUUCAUCAUGUAAAAUGUUUACUCUGUUUACUCCAAUAUUGCUCACCUGCACAAACAGACACCCUUCAAGGAAAGUAAGAAGUGACUUUGUGUAACAAGUUUAAUUCUGUAUUUUCAUCAUUGCCUUAAACAGGAUAUCAAUAAUUGUUACUGGUGACAAGGGAAAUUGCUACAACAGGCAAGGGAAACUUCUUUACAUCAGAGAGUUACCUUCUCCAAGUACUUUAAAUAACCACAUUUUCAGAUUUGUGGUUCAGACCAUGCCAAUUCAUGGCUAAACACAUUAGAUGGAUCCUCCUCUGUCUCUGUAAUUGUAGCAUGUUUACAGUCACUUGUAUAAUAACAGAAUGCACCUCUUC